AUGUUCUCUGUGACGCCCAGCUUUGCCUCCAACGCCAGUGCUGCUGCUGCUGCUGCGGCUGCGUUUAACCCCUACCUGGGCCCGGUGUCUCCUGGCCUGAUGCCCGCUGAGAUCAUGUCCAGCGCCCCGGUCCUGGUGACCAGUAACCCCAACGUCCCCAUGCACUCCGCUGCUGCUGCAGCCGUACAGAAAGUAAUGAGGACAGACAGACUGGAGGUGAGUUGUUCAAAUAAAUACACAGAAAGUCAUGAGGACAGACAGACUGGAGGUGAGUUGUUCAAAUAAAUACACAGAAACUCAUGAGGACAGACAGACUGGAGGUGAGUUGUUCAAAUAAAUACACAGAAAGUCAUGAGGACAGACAGACUGGAGGUGAGUUGUUCAAAUAAAUACACAGAAACUCAUGAGGACAGACAGACUGGAGGUGAGUUGUUCAAAUAAAUACACAGAAACUCAUGAGGACAGACAGACUGGAGGUGAGUUGUUCAAAUAAAUACACAGAAACUCAUGAGGACAGACAGACUGGAGGUGAGUUGUUCAAAUAAAUACACAGAAACUCAUGAGGACAGACAGACUGGAGGUGAGUUGUUCAAAUAAAUACACAGAAACUCAUGAGGACAGACAGACUGGAGGUGAGUUGUUCAAAUAAAUACACAGAAACACUGACUCAACCUGCUGCUCUUCUCUGCACCCUAUCACUUGAUUUAUCAAAACACAACUCACAUGGUUUCACAAGUCUACAGUCACUGUUUUACAGUGCAAGGACGGCAACUAG